CCUCCUACCGCGCGCCCUCGCCACCCCCACCCCUGGUCUGGCAGGGAACUUGAACCGGUCCAGCCUGUUUAAACCGAAAGGACAGAGAUCCUGUCUGUUCAAUGUAAAAAAAAAAAGAAGAAAAAAAUCACAUCAGACUGAGAGAGAGAGAGAGAGAGAGAGAGAGAGAGAGAGAGAGAAGAGAGAGAGAGAAGAGGAGAGAGAGAGAAGAGAGAGAAGAGAGAGAAGAGAGAGAGAGAAGAGAGAAGAGAGAGAAAUAGAACGAGAGCCCAGAGCAGAGCAAGGUGUAGGAAACCAAAGGGGAGAGAACCCGAGUGUGUGCGUGUGUGCGUGUGUGUGUGUGUGUGUGUGUGUGCGUGUGUGUGUGAGUGUGUGUGUGUGUGUGUGUGUGAGUGUGUGUGAGUGUGUGAGAGAGUGUGUGUGUGUGCGUGUGUGUGUGUGUGUGUGUGUGUGCGUGUGCGUGUGUGAGCGCGAGCGAGCGAGUGAGGGAGAGGAGCGAGAGAGUGCGAGCGAGAAAGAAUAAAAGGAAAGAUUUUUCUCUAUGUAUAUAAAGAUGGCCACGUUAGCAAACGGACAGGCUGACAACGCGAGCCUCAGUACCAACGGGCUAGGCAGCAGCCCGGGCAGCGCCGGGCAUAUGAACGGAUUAAGCCACAGCCCGGGGAACCCGUCGACCAUUCCCAUGAAGGACCACGAUGCCAUCAAGCUGUUCAUUGGGCAGAUCCCCCGAAACCUGGAUGAGAAGGACCUCAAGCCCCUCUUUGAGGAGUUCGGCAAGAUCUACGAGCUUACGGUUCUGAAGGACAGGUUCACAGGCAUGCACAAAGGCUGCGCUUUCCUCACCUACUGCGAGCGUGAGUCAGCGCUGAAGGCCCAGAGCGCGCUGCACGAGCAGAAGACCCUGCCCGGGAUGAACCGGCCGAUCCAGGUGAAGCCUGCGGACAGCGAGAGCCGAGGAGGUAGUAGCUGCCUGCGCCAGCCCCCUUCACAAGAUAGAAAACUCUUCGUGGGUAUGCUCAAUAAGCAACAAUCUGAGGACGACGUGCGCCGCCUCUUCGAGGCCUUUGGGAACAUCGAGGAGUGCACUAUCCUGCGCGGGCCAGACGGCAACAGCAAGGGGUGCGCCUUUGUGAAGUACUCCUCCCAUGCCGAGGCACAAGCCGCCAUCAACGCUCUACACGGCAGCCAGACCAUGCCUGGAGCCUCCUCCAGCCUGGUGGUCAAGUUUGCAGACACUGACAAGGAGCGCACAAUGCGACGGAUGCAGCAGAUGGCUGGCCAGAUGGGCAUGUUCAACCCCAUGGCCAUCCCCUUCGGAGCCUAUGGCGCCUACGCUCAGGCACUGAUGCAGCAGCAAGCAGCCCUCAUGGCAUCCGUCGCACAAGGAGGCUACCUGAAUCCCAUGGCUGCCUUCGCUGCCGCCCAGAUGCAGCAGAUGGCGGCCCUCAACAUGAAUGGCCUGGCAGCCGCACCUAUGACCCCAACCUCAGGUGGCAGCACCCCUCCAGGCAUCACUGCACCAGCUGUGCCUAGCAUCCCGUCCCCCAUUGGGGUGAACGGCUUCACCGGCCUCCCCCCACAGGCCAAUGGGCAGCCUGCUGCGGAAGCUGUGUUUGCCAAUGGCAUUCACCCCUACCCAGCACAGAGCCCCACCGCAGCCGACCCCCUGCAGCAGGCCUACGCUGGAGUGCAGCAGUAUGCAGGACCUGCCUACCCUGCUGCCUAUGGUCAGAUAAGCCAGGCCUUUCCUCAGCCACCACCAAUGAUUCCCCAGCAACAGAGAGAAGGGCCCGAGGGCUGUAACCUGCUCAUCUACCAUCUGCCCCAGGAGUUUGGGGACGCUGAGCUGAUGCAGAUGUUCCUCCCUUUCGGUAAUGUCAUCUCCUCGAAAGUGUUUGUGGAUCGGGCGACUAACCAAAGUAAAUGCUUUGGCCGGCACCCCGUGCCCUCCCGCUGCCAGGCCCCCUCCUGUCAGGGAGGACAGUGUGCAAUAAGCUCCUCCGCCCGCAGGCUUCGUGAGCUUCGACAACCCGGCCAGCGCACAGACCGCCAUCCAGGCCAUGAACGGCUUCCAGAUAGGCAUGAAGAGGCUCAAGGUGCAGCUGAAGCGGCCCAAAGACGCCAAUCGCCCGUACUGAGCGCCGGCGGGAGCGUCCCCCGGGGGAGACCAGGACUCGCACAGGGCAGGAUGCUGAACGGCCUACAUUAAAAACAAACCUCUUUCUCUCUCUAUUUAUAAAUGAGAACUGUUGGACGACACCUUUGACAUAUCAGCCAAUACCAAUCAAGCUGAAGACUCCAGACACUCCGUGUGACUGUAACAUUUCUUCAAGGAAAGCAUAGCGUCUAUGGAGUGCAGAGGGCACGUGUUUGGGGAAAAAAUAUACAUGGCAUAAAGAUGACGACGAAGAAAAAUGAUAUAACACAAACAAAUAAAAAACCCGCGACUUUAAAAUGAAUUAACGUGAGCCCAGAUGGGGAAGCUGAAGGGCUGGGCACUAGGAGGAGAUGCUGCUGCCAACUGAUCCUGGGGCUUUUCCUGCCCGUAGGCGCCUGAGGCAGGCAGGGGCAAGUGUACAAUGGGGUCUAGUCCCCAGCAGGCGGCUGGGAGGCCGCCACUGAGCAUCUCUAUUUGUCAUUCCUUUAGCUAUUUAGGGACCAAAGGACCAAACUUUUUAUUGCAGAUGUGUAGCUCUGUCAAUUAGAGGAGGAAUGGAGACCAACCUCCUUCCUGCCUCCUGGCUGUUCUUGAAACAGCUUAGAGCGAUUCUAUGAAAAUGUAAUAAAAAAUAAUAAAAAAAAUAAAAAAAAUAUAAAAAAGAACAAAAAAACAAGGAAAAAAAAUAAUGCUUCAACGCUUUUAAAACAGCAAGAUAGUAGUUCUUUGAUACUUUGAGAAGCGCUUUGAUUACCCCGAUUGAAGUCUCUGAAACUUUCCUAUGGUUUUCUGUAUUAUAUGUCUGGAUGGACCUGUUUAGAUAAAUUGACUGGUGGAUAUUUGGGGAAAGCAACAAAGAUACUAAGUCAUUAACCAUGAAGAGAACAUGAGGGGAGCCAGGGGACUUCGAAGGCAAGGUAAUUGUUGUGAAAAGUCUGUAAAUGCUUCUAAUUCUUCCCCCCUCUUAAAAUCAUAAUAGUUGUACAGAAUUUUAAAAGGAAAAGUUUAAAAUACCUAUAUCAUAGAAGAAAAAAAAUUAGAGGAAAGCAAAAAAAUAAAAAAAAAAGGAAAAAAAAACCUUAUAGAAGUUAGCGUUAUGCUAAAAUCCCAGAUGUUGUAGGACUGUACUUCUGUAGAGUUUAGACUGAGCAUCGAUCCCGUCUCCCCGCGAGUGCUGUCGGACUCGGUCCCCAAGGGCCAGGCCGGACUGUCCAGAACUGCAGGCUCCGGCCGGAAGCGCCGCUCCGCUCCGCUCCGGAAGCGUCCUGCCGCCUCUCGCUUCGCCCGCCCGCCGCCCGGGAGCCGCGCGCAUGCGCGCUCUCUCUGCCCUCCUCACCUCUGCUUCACUCGCCUUCUGUGCUUGUUCCGGAGACUUUCCAGACCAGGGAGAACUGGGAACUUUUCAUCUUCAAACAACUAGAAACACACACACACACAAAAACCUUAAACAAGAGAGAGAAAACAAACAAUCUUUGAAGAAUUUCUGAAACUGUUUACAAGGAAUUUUGAAAAACAGGGAUGUUUAAAUGAUGCCGGCUCUGUUUUUCUGUAAAUAAAUUUGCAUAUUUUGUAGGACUUUUAAUUGUAAUGAUAGAGAAAAAACAAGGAAAACUAUUUAAUGAAAGCACGAUAUUUAUCUUUGGUAAAUGACUUUAGAGCAGUUAAAGACAUUGCUUAAAAAACUCAGAAUCAGAAAAACACUGAAUUAUUUAAGAACACAUAUAUUUUAAAGUAUAACAUAUUUAUUAUAAUUUAUUUGCACCUUUGGGAAGACUUGCUUUGCAUUCUGCCUCAAGAGCUUCUCAUUGAUGUCCAUCUGGAGGCCGGGGGGUUUGGAACUACCAUUUUUUUCCUUUUGAACAACAAAAUUCUGGUUGCUCUCAGGCCUCCUACCUUUUCUUUCGGUCUAUUUUGUUGAUGUUUUACUUCAUUUAGUUUCUUUUUCUUUCUCUUGACUCCUCCUUUUAGUAUGUCCAGAUGUUGUAAAAAAAAAAAAAAACAGCUGCAGUUCAAUACAACUGCUCUUUUCACACCAACUCCCUAAAACUCCUUGUAACCUUCUGUAACUAUUGGAUGACGCUUU